ACAUAAAUUUUCCCAAACUUUCAUUUCACGAUUUGUAAAUAUUGUCACGAUCAAGUUACCUAGUUCAAUGUGUAUAUCAUCGUUAUAGAGCCACUAGUCGUUGUUCAAAUUCCAAAUGAGAAACAUGGACUUCAGUGGUGUAUAUAACUGUAACGUCAGAGUGAAGGAGGAACCAAACGAUGAUUCCCCGAUUGAAAAUGAUGAUUAUGAGAUAAUUGGCAAUGCACACGAUGCUAACACCGAAGAAUCCUCGCGUUCUGGUCGAGAAAAUUUAACUCAUGGCCCUGACGAUGUCGAAGUAGAAUUCGAAUGUAAGGACGAGAAGCUCGGCAUUAACUUGAAAGAAAUUAAGGACGAAGUAAAAGAGGAAUUGAAUUUGGAUAGUAAGCUGAGUGAUGCAUUUGAUGCAAAUGAAAAAACAUUUACCCAAAAAAGUCAAUGCGAAACCCGCACCGAUAAGGUACAUAAUGGUACCAAACAUACGUGUGAGAUUUGCGGAGAGAAGUUCUCAACUGAGGCUACACUCAAGAUCCACAUUCGUGCAGUACAUAAUGGUGUUAAACAUAAAUGUAGUGAAUGUGGAAAGACAUUCACACACAAAAAUACUCUCAAAAUCCACGUCAAUGCGAUGCAUAAUGGUAUGGCACCUACAUGCAAAAUAUGCGGAAAACAAUUCACAACUAAGCCCUCACUCAGGAUCCACAUGGAUGGACAUAAUGGUGUUAAACAUAAAUGUAGUGAAUGUGGAAAGACAUUCACACGCAAAAAUACUCUCAAAAUCCACGUCAAUGCGAUGCAUAAUGGUAUGGCACCUACAUGCAAAAUAUGCGGAAAACAAUUCACAACUGAGCCCUCACUCAGGAUCCACAUGAAUGGACAUAAUGGUGUUAAACAUAAAUGUAGUACAUGUGGAAAGACAUUCACACAAAAAAAACAUCUUAAUAAACACAUCGAUUCGAUUCAUAAUGGUAUGGCACCAACAUGCGAAGUGUGCGGAAAGCAAUUCACAACUGAGGCCUCACUCAGGAUCCACAUGAAUGGACAUAAUGGUGUUAAACAUAAAUGUAGUACAUGUGGAAAGACAUUCUCACAAAAAGGAGAUCUUAAUAAACACAUCGAUGGAGUACAUAAUGGUGUUAAACAUGCGUGUGGUGUAUGUGGAAAGACAUUCACACAAAAAGGAGAUCUUAAGAUUCACAUCGAUGUAGUACAUAAUGGUGUUAAACAUGUUUGUAGUACAUGUGGAAAGACAUUCACACGAAAAAAAAAUCUCAAAAUCCACAUCGGUUCAGUACAUGAUGGUGUUGAACAUGUGUGUAGUAUAUGUGGAAAGUCAUUCGGACGAACAGGAAAUCUCAAAAUUCACAUCGAUUCGGUUCAUAAAGUUGAGGCAACUACUUGCGAAGUGUGCAAAAAAAAAUUCAAAUUCAGGAGUGAGCUCAAACUCCACAUGAAUUCGGAGCAUAAUAUCACUCACGUAUGUGAAACGUGUGGCAAGACAUUUUCAGACAAGGGUCGUCUUGUAAUUCACUUUAACGAGCUGCACAGAGUUCACGAAUGUGCCUUUUGCGGGGAAAAAUUUGAAAACAGGCCCAAAUUACGUAGUCACGUCAAACGUGAACAUAAAAGCGAUACCCAAGCAUGAGAUCAAUGCAAAAGAUCUUAAAACAUCCACCAAUGCCGCGCAAAAUGAAAAAACAUCGAGACAAAUGAGGAGCCAUAAAACUGUCAUCGAAGUAGCACAUCACUCACGCAUUAACACCCAAUAAAUGUAUAAAAUGUACAUUGAAAUUUUGUCAAAAAACAUAGAUUAUUAUAUUUUGGAUCACUCACCAAUGUUUUCCAUCUCACUGCUUAA